AUGUUCAGAAUGCUUAUACUGAAUAUGAUAGCAUUUUUAAAUCCAGUUGGAGGGAAAUGAAAGCCGGAAAUAAAAACGCUCGCCAUGACGACGGCAGAGCUCAGCCAAUUAGAUCGCACGCAUCCGACGUCGCGCCAGCCUCCUUUCGUUCGCCUGCGUCAUCACGUCGAUGUUGUGUUGCCUGUCGGGGCAAAAUGGCGGCCGUGCAUGACGGACCGAGCGACAUGGAGAACGAGAAAGAAACCAAACCCGACAUUCUGAGCGACGAGUCGGCGGCGAACCUGCCCGGAAUGAUGAGCGGAACGCUCCCCACGUCGUCGCCGCUGGCACCGCCGGCCGCCGCGGCGCCGAAAGCAGAAGAGCAGCAGCAGACUUUACUCGCCGUGCUGCAGUUCUUGAAACGGAACAACCUAACGGAGUCGGUGGAGAUCCUGCGGCGCGAGGCAGGACUGCAGGACGAGCUCGAGGAGGCGCGCGGGACGGAGGCUACAGCACCGGGGCUGAACGCCGGCACCGGAGACACCAGCUCACUGCUCAGCCGGGUGACCUCCCACCAAAGCGCCGCUCCGGCUAAAGCUACAGGUGGGGAGGACCAGCCGGAUGUCAGCGUUGUCCUGUCGGCCUACAGCCAGCAGGGAGAUCCCUCGUUGUAUCAGGUGUACUACAGCGGGCUGAAGAAGUUUAUCGAGUCAGUGCUGGACUGUCACAGGGCCGAGCUGUCGCAGCUCUUUUACCCGCUUUUCGUGCACAUGUAUCUGGAGCUGGUUUACAACAACCAUGAAAGCGAAGCGAAGGCUUUUUUCGACAAGUUCAGCGGUGACCAGGAAUGCUACUACCUGGACGAUCUGCGCGUGCUCUCGGGCCUAACCAAGAAGGAGCACAUGAAGGGCAACGAGACACUGCUGGAUUUCCGCACCAGCCGCUUUGUGCUGCGCAUUUCACGCGACUCCUACCAGCUGCUAAAGCGGCACCUGCAGGAGCGGCAGAACAACCAGAUCUGGAAUAUCAUCCAGGAGCACCUCUACAUCGACAUCUUUGAUGGCAUGCCGCGCAGCAAGAGUCAGAUCGACAGCACGUCCGGGAGUCUGGCUGGAGAGGCACGCCGAGAGGCCAACAAAGCCAAGGUGUUUUACGGACUGUUGAAGGAGCCCGAGAUCGAGGUCCCUCUCGACGAUGAAGAUGAGGAGGCUGAGAACGAAGAGGGCAAACCCAAGAAGAAGAAACCCAAGAAGGACAGCAUGGGUUCAAAGAGCAAGAAGCAGGACCCGAACGCACCGCAGCAAAACAGGAUUCCUCUACCAGAACUAAAGGACUCUGAUAAACUGGAUAAGAUCAUGUACAUGAAAGAAGCCACGAAGAAACUUCGUCUAGGCCUGGAAAGUCUGCCGUCCAUUUGCUUCUACACGUUCCUCAACGCUUACCAGGGUCUGACAGCCGUAGACAUUACAGAUGACUCCAGUCUGAUAGCAGGAGGCUAUGCCGACUCUACGGUGCGUGUCUGGAGCGUCACACCCAAGAAACUCCGCAAGGUCAAAUCCGCAGCAGAUCUUAGCCUCAUAGAUAAGGAAUCGGAUGACGUGCUAGAAAGGAUCAUGGACGAAAAAACAGCCAGCGAGUCCAAGAUCCUGUACGGUCACAGUGGGCCGGUGUACGCCGUCAGCUUCAGUCCAGACAGGAAUUAUCUGUUGUCGAGUUCAGAAGAUGGCACCAUUAGGUUGUGGAGCUUGCAGACAUUUACCUGCCUGGUAGCUUAUAAGGGACACAAUUACCCGGUGUGGGACACUCAGUUCUCCCCACAUGGAUACUAUUUUGUGUCUGGAGGACACGACAGGGUGGCGCGGUUGUGGGCCACUGACCAUCACCAGCCUUUGCGUAUAUUCGCCGGACAUCUCUCUGACGUCACCUGUACGCGCUUCCACCCGAACUCAAACUAUGUGGCCACGGGCUCAGCUGAUCGCACCGUGCGCCUCUGGGACGUCCUGAACGGCAACUGCGUCCGCAUUCUUACCGGACACAAGGGACCGGUCCACUCACUGGCGUUCUCACCCAGCGGUAAGUUCCUGGUGUCUGGCUCAACCGAUGCCAGAGUUCUGCUGUGGGACAUCGGCCACGGACUCAUGAUCGGCGAGUUGAAGGGUCACAGCGACACCGUCUACGCUCUUAAGUUCAGCAGGGACGGAGAGAUCCUCGCCUCAGGCUCGAUGGACAACACGGUCCGGCUGUGGGACAUCACCAAGGCAGUCGAUGAUGUGGAAACCGACGAUUUCACAGCCACCACAGGUCACAUUCACUUACCCGACAACUCUCAGGAGGUAAUACUAGGGACGUACCUGACCAAAUCCACACCCGUCAUCCACGUCCACUUCACCAGACGCAACCUGCUGCUGGCUGCCGGCGCAUACAACUCCCAGUGAACCCACCAACACAAUUUUUAUUACUGAAUCAUGCAACACUGCCUAAAGGACACCUCCGAAGAGGAACCAUGUUGCUCAACCGGGCAUUAAAGUAAAGGAACUGACAAUGUGUGUAUCUGAAUCAGUUCUGCACAUACAGACUUUUAAAUACGUUACACAUCGGUGCCAUACUGGCUUGUCACUCCAGCCUCCUGAACUGUACAGUCUUUUAUAAUUGUGUAAAUAAAACUUUUCUAUGUAUUGGG